AUGGCCGCAAUUGAGAGCUUCGACAACAUUUUUCUAGACCUCUCUAAGGAGAGUGGAAAGUGCCGUUUCGCCGAGAACGGUCUUGGCUGGAAGCCGGCUGGCGGCGGCGAGGCCUUUACCCUGGACCAGAGCAACAUAGGAGGUGCGCAAUGGAGCAGGGCCGCAAAGGGCUACGAGGUGAAGAUCCAUCAACGGAACUCAGGCAUUCUGCAACUGGACGGGUUUCAACAAGAGGAUUACGAGCGCCUGAACAAGAUCUUCAAGAACUGGUACAGCCACAACCUCGAAAACAGGGAACACUCCGUCCGGGGCUGGAACUGGGGCAAGGCCGAGUUUAGCAAGGCCGAGCUUGUUUUUAACGUGCAGAACCGACCCUUCUUUGAGAUCCCGUACUCGGAGAUUGCGAAUACGAACCUGGCCGGCCGGAACGAAAUCUCGGUCGACUUUUCCGUUAACGAAGAUGCAAAGACAAACGGCAACUCCAAGGGUCCGGUCAAAGGCCUUAAGGCGGCCGCUGGCAAGGACCAGCUGAUGGAGAUGCGCUUUUACAUCCCGGGCACGACAACGAAGAAGGAGGCCGAUGCUGACGGCGACGUUGCAUCGAACGCCAGCGACGCAGAAGAGGAGAAGAACGCGGUGACACUCUUCUACGACACACUUAUGGAGAAGGCCGAGAUUGGCGAAUCUGCCGGUGACACCAUUGCUACCUUCCUUGAUGUCCUGCAUCUCACGCCGAGAGGCCGUUUCGAUAUUGACAUGUACGACGCGUCGCUCCGUCUACGGGGCAAGACGUACGACUACAAGAUUCAAUACGAUGCCAUCAAGAAGUUCAUGGUCCUCCCCAAGCCUGACGAUAUGCACGUCAUGCUUUGCAUGGGCCUCGACCCCCCCCUACGCCAGGGCCAGACCCGGUACCCCUUUGUCGUCAUGCAGUUUAAGCGCGACGAAGAGGUAACGUUGGAUCUGAACCUGACAGAGGAGGAGCUCGAGUCCAGAUACAAGGACAGGCUGCAGGCGCACUACGAACAACCUCUUCACCAGGUUGUCACCUAUAUAUUCAAGGGCCUGGCUAAUAAGAAAAUUUCGGCCCCUGCAAAGGACUUCCUCACUCACCGGCAGCAGUUUGGUAUUAAGUGCUCUAUCAAGGCCAGCGAGGGUUUUCUGUACUGUCUGGAAAAGGCAUUCAUGUUUGUGCCUAAGCCUGCGUCGUACAUUUCCUACGACCAGACGCAGUCCAUUACAUUUUCACGCGUUGGUGGCGCCGUCUCGGCUCUCUCGACGUUUGACAUCACGGUGCAUAUGAAGGCCGGAGGUGCUUCGUCGCAGUUCAGCAACAUCAACCGGGAGGAUCUGAAAGCGCUCGAGGAUUUCUUCAAGCUCAAGGGCUUGCGCGUCAAGAAUGAGAUCGAUGAGGAGUCGAACAUGAUGGCCGCAGCCCUGCGCGACCAGGCCAUGGACAGCUCCGAUGACGAUGCCGGUGGUGCGGCUAGGGCCGACCGCGGCUCAGCCGACGAAGAUGAGGAGAGUGUCGACGAGGACUUCCAGGCCGAGUCGGAGAGCGAUGUCGCUGAGGAAUACGACUCGAACCAUGACAGUUCCGGUUCGGGAAGCGACGAGAGCGACGUCGACAACGACGUCGAUGAUGAUGACGAUGACGACAUGGACGACGAAAACGAGGAGGAGGAGGAAGAGCGCCCGAAGAAGAAGAAGCGAACAUGA